AUCCCUACUGAUAAUCACUGUUUGCAUUUAGGUGCCAGAUGCCAUCAAGUCCCAGUACCAGAACCCACCCCCCAUGCUGCUUCCUGCAGGUGUGCGUCAGUUGGAGCUGGUCUGUAGCGGUGUGCCAGCCCAUCCCAGCUCAAAGCACCUGACCUCAGAGGCUGACCAACAGGAGUGGCUUCAGGAUGUCAUCGCCCUCCAGUGCAGCAUCAUGCGACACCUCUCUAUAAAGCAGAAGGCUCUGUCCGCGGCCCCCACCCUGUCAUCAGCAACACCUUCAGCAGAGCGGGUGUCUGAGCAAAAGGCCCCAUCACGUGUUACACCAGAGGAAACCAAAACCCAUGGAAGUACUCCACCACCAGCCCCCUGCUCUAAACCCUGCGGUACAUCGAAUGACCCCCAGGGGGCAUCCCUGUCAGAGGUCUGUAAAUGUUGCAUGAAACCAUGUCAGAACUGUAGGAAAGCCAACGGGCCUCUAGCAGAGCCUCCCAAAGCUAAUGGACCUUUAGAAUGUAUCAGCAGCUCAGACUCCUGCAGGCAGGCUGAGCUGCAGCAUAAACUGAAGCCCGGCGCAACCCCCCCAGACCCGGCCCCUUCCCUUGGGCUGUUGAACCACAUAGGAUCUGAAACGGUUAAACAGGAGCCUGAUGGCACUACGGAGGCCUGCGCUCAGAAAACAACCCCCACCGCCCUGACGAUAUGGCCCCACGGGGUCCAGCAGAACCACAGGAGCCAGGCGGAGCAGCAGCGUGGGGAGGGUACGAAGAGCGACCAGAAACCCACCUACUCCAUCACCAGCAAAGACGCUCCACCUAAAGGCAGCCAGGAGCAUGAGCCAACCAAGCUGGGGUUUACAUCGCCCUCUCCAGGUACAGUAGGCUUCUGCUGAUUGGGCCCCACAAUGCAUUUGAGCUUCGAUAGCAGUCAUAACAAUAAACGACAUUAAACAGUUUAGUAGCCCUAACUAUUUACCACAACUAAGAGGUGUUCAUUCAUUGAUUUCACUAUAGUCUGCAAAAUAUAAAACUGAAACAACAGUUACCUCUUAAGAUUUGAUAAUUACUACUCAGUGUUUCCCCUACCAUUGU